AUCCUAAAAUUCCUUGUUUUCUCCAUCACUCCCCAUUUUGUUUUGUUUUGUUUUCAAUUUUUUUUUUUUUUUUUAAGUUUGAUGCUAGGCCGGCGGUCAUAAUCUACUGCUGCUGCUGACUUUCGAGCAUUCACACCCUAAAAAAAAAAAGCCAUACCCUAAAAAAACAGAGAUUUAAAAAAAAUAAAUAAAAUUUGAACUAACUGAUGAAUUCAUCUCCACGCAGACACUUGCAAUUAAACAAUGGCGCAUUCGAUCGAAAUUUCCGAGACUUCCUUCAUCCCCGCUGAGACCAGCUUCCCUACCUACGCCUUCUCCAUGUGCCCAUGUCUCGGUGCCAGAGCUCUCUCCCAAUCCCUCCUCAGAUUCUCUCUCUCUCUCUCUCUCUCUCUCUCUCUCUCUCUCCUCAUCUGUUCAUGUUAUCUCUACUUCUUUAAUGGGUCAUUCUCGAAGCUUCACGUCUCCCUUCCUCCCCUCUCCUCCCCCAAACCCGAUGUUCUGUGUGGAACCAAUCCUUGGCGAGGCGAAUGGGGUGCACUGCUUCCAUCUCAAAGACAGAUGCGGUUGGAAGGAAGAAGAAGAAGAUGAAUAUUCCCGAAGUCGUGGUUUACGUCCCCCAGAUGCGAAUUCCAGUUCAGUGUGAUAUCCAUAGAAUGCUUACGGGGCUAGUUCCUCGAGAUCUUGUGGACAGGUUGUCUUCUCUUCGGAAGCGGAUUGUGCUAGUUGCUGGAGAUACUGGUGGAUCUGCUAUUACAGAACUACGCCAAGCUCUGGAGGAGUACUUGGUUGCUAUGGUUGGACUCACCAAGAAAGAAUACGGUCUUGAAGAAUCGGUGGAGUUCAAGUGGAAAAAUCUGGAAGAUGGUCGACAAGAGACAUGUAUUGCAAACUCCUGGUUUGAAUUGCUAUCGGUUGUCCACAUGAUGGCUAUUCUGACUCUGUCAGAGGUUAACUCGCUGCUGAUUCCUAAGGAUCAUUCUGAAUGUGGUGAAAGGAUUGUACCCGAAGAUUGUAAGAAGGAUGCUGUUGAUUUAUUGCUGAAGGCUUCGGGGUACUUGGAAUUCUGCAACCGGGCUGUGCUUGUUCGCUUACCAUCAGUCCUGAAGAAGAGGGUACCAAAAGAUUUCCAGGAAGGAGUUUUGGAGGCACUUUCCAUUCAAGCAUUAGGCCAGGGAAUUGAAAUGCAGCUGGGUUUAGCCAUUGACAGUCAAAAGGCUACUUUAUCUGUGAAGAGGAGGUUGGCAUGUGAACAGCUGAGCUACUUUGGUCAGGCUCUUUACUGCUUGUCGGGAUGUGACAUCAAUCAUGGACACGGAAAGAAGCAUCUCUUAUUCAUCAAAUGGAAGUAUCUUGAAGCCAAGGCUGCAGCUUACUACUACCAUGGUCUUAUACUUGACAAAGGUAAUGAACCAUCCUGUCACAUUAGCGCUGUGUGCUGUUUUCUUGCUGCUGAAGAGUUUCUAGCGGACAGCAAGAAGGUCUGCUUAGGCUUUUGCCUUGCACCUCCUGUAACCAGGGCUCCACCACUUUGGGGUGCUAUGAAGCAUUUGCAUAAGAAAAUUCCAGAAUCGGCAUCGAGAAAGUCUCAGAUGUAUGGCUACAUCUUAGAGCAAGAGAAGGGUCUCCAAGCAUUGCCUGACCUUCCCGAAUUCCACCUGUCUUUAAGACCUGGCGACUAUGAAUUGCCCGAAAUUGAUCCAGCAUGGGACUGUGAGAAAUGGGAAAAUCAGGGCCAAACACUCAAAGAGCACUUGAAAGAUUGUGACGAUGAGAUCGAAGCUGAAUGAAAUACUGUGGUCCUCUCUUUUUAUGCCUCAAUACAUACGUACAUUUUUGCCCGUCUUACAUAUUUAUACGAACUAGAAUAGUACUGUAGAAUAAAGGAGUAAUGAUCUUGCUUUAUGCUUGAGUUUAUUUAAUGUAGCCAAUGCUUCUACUCAAACUUAAUUGCUGAUCUCAUUGAGUUCCUUGCUGACAAAAAAAUUGUUGAAUUGAGAAAGUUUUCCCUUCUGGUAAA